CCUGCGGACGUUGUAGCUUUCCAUCCCGUGUAUCCGAUCUCUCAGCUAAUUGUUUGAUUCACGCAAAACCGUCUUCCUUUGCGUCUUUUGUUCAUUUGUUAUAAUUAUAGAACUUCACAGCAGAGUGCACUGAAGUGAAGAUGGAGACUUAUGAGAGUGUGUUGCUUGUUAAAUCAGAAGUAUUUGUAUUUAAAAUACCACCUCGAACUACUAAUAGAGGCUACAGGGCAGCAGAUUGGAACCUGAAUGAACCACAGUGGACUGGAAGGUUAAGAUUAGUUGCCAAAGGGAAAGACUGUGUAUUGAAAUUGGAAGACAAAAAUACAGGAGAACUUUUUGCAAAAUGCCCUAUUGACCAGUAUCCUGGAAUUGCUAUUGAGGCUGUCACUGAUUCAUCUCGGUACUUUGUGCUCAGAAUUCAAGAUGACAGUGGUCGGUCAGCAUUCAUUGGUGUGGGAUAUUCAGAUCGUUCUGAUAGUUUUGACAUGAAUGUUGCUCUGCAAGAUCAUUUCAAAUGGCUCAAAAAGUCGGAAGAAAUUGAGAAAGAGAAAGAAGUACCAAAACAGGAAUUAGAUCUUCGCUUCAAAGAAGGGGAAACUAUCAAGAUCAAUAUGAAAAUCACGAAAAAGGAUGGCAGUGAAGUUUCAAGCAAGUCCAAAGCAAGGCCUAAUGCUGGUGGUUUGGGUUCAGGGAUCUUACCACCUCCACCAGGUGGAGUGAAGAUACCACCGCCAACAAGCAGUGGAAUGAGAACCACCCCUACUUCCUCACCUUCACAUCAGGCUCCCCUACAGCAAACUACAGUAUCAGCGUCAAGUAAUGUAGAUCUGAUGUUGGGUGUUGGUGCUGAUACCCACAGGGGUCAAUCAGUGCCAGCAAGGCCUGCAACUGCAGGAGUUGAAUCAUGGGGAGAUUUUGCUAGUGCAGCCAAACCAAGUGCAUCACCUAGCAAUUCCAGUUGGGUUCAGUUUUGAAGGUACAGCCAAAUUAUGUCAAUGGUAUGGGAUAAAUAUUAUCCAAAGUCUAUAUCAUACAUACAUAUAUAUGAUUUAAGGCUAGAGGAAAAAUAAUGGAGGACUGUACUGUAUAGAUUCCUCUUGACAUCAAGAAUUUGUGUAAACGUUACUGUACUUGUGUGUAGCACAUUGUCAGCAGAUCAUUAUUACACUUUAAUAAUAUCUUCCAAACCAAUAUUCUCAUCUCUGAACUACAGUAAUUAUUAUCCAUAAUGAAACAUACCUGCCAUGAAAUUGUGAUGGAAUUAGCCUUUUGUGGUAGAGUCUCAAACAGGAAUCAACUUCACAGAAUAUACAACAGAAAGUUAAUUAAUUAUAGUAUGUACAACCCCAAGCUCACAGGUGUAUUUGGUCCAGUGAUUUAUAUACUUCCUGUACCUGUUCAAGCCUGCAAAUGGAGGAAAUUCUGUUAAUUUUACUCUUCAAAGUAUUCACAGUUUUGUAUUUAAUUAUAAAGAUAUGGGAACUAAACGUAAUGGUGAUCACACAACACUCUAAUUGGGUUAAUUGUUCCUUGUGAGGAAUGCAUGAUAGCCAUUAUUAGCAAGAAAUGCCCACCUAUUGGUCUUGUAGUAAAAUACCAUUCAUUUGGCCUGGUCAGAUAUAAGUGCAGAUAUUUCUGUGACAGAUCAAAUAUUCACCUCUUCUAAAGCCUUGACUCUGGAAAUAUGCAUAUUACUGCAUUCCCACCCUAUUUCCAGUCUGGGUCCCCUCUUCUGAAUCAUUCUCAUAAUUUUUAGGAUUAGCAGAAUCCACUUCAUUUUUGCUUCCAACUUUGGUAGAAUUCCUUCCCCUUGUUAGGAUGGAAGAGGCCAAAAAGGUGCAUAAAAUCAAAACUGGAUAGAUGGGCACAAACAACAAAUGAAUGGGGGGGGGGGGAUGUGGUAUUCAAAUAUUAGUUUAUAAUAAAGUUCUGAGGUUAUGGGAGAAGAAUUUGAGUGUUCUCUAGAUGAAAGUCCCAUUGAGAGGUGUAUGUUAUCUUUAGUAAUUGUAUUGUAGUAUUCCUCUCAUUUCAUACAGUUUUUGUGAAAUCAAAAAUGAGAUGACAAUGGCAAAGACAUCUUGGAGCUUUUCCUUAGUUGAUGCUGUGUUAAAUAGAACCUAUAAAAAAAAAAUUCAUUGCCAAAUAUGUUACAGGCAAGAACAAGGCCCAAACAUUGUAUGAAUUUUAAAUAUCUUGCACAAAUGAAAUUUCAAAUUCCAGUGUUAUUACAGUUUACACAGUUCUCUAGAAUUUUCAUGAAUAUGAAGGUUGUAUAAUUUCAUAAUUCACAGUUCUGUAAAAAGCUUUUUUAUAGCCACAUUUCCACAUAUUUACAACAACCUAACAAGAAAUGGUAUAUUUAAAUUUCUAAAAUGCUGAACAACUACAGGGUUUUACAUAUGUAAUAAUACACAGUGCAUGCAAGUUAUAGGCAUUGGUAAUAAAUUAUCUUAUUUGUUUUACAAGUUCUAAAAGUUUUUGUCCUCAUGUUUAAAUUCAGUGCUAUACAUCCAUAGCUUGGCAAUUCAAAUUUGCGAUUGAGAUGUGGUAUGAAACUGAUAUUCCACAUUCAGGUUGCAGCUAUGUAACAUCCUCAUUCCACACAUUUCAUAUCUGUAUAUGAAAUGUGUCUGCAAUGGGGAAGGAUAUUAAUCACGUAAUCAAGAUAUUUUGAAAUCUGACUGACAUACACCUGCAUCUUUUUUAUAUUUGCCCAAAUUAAGAUUCCCCAAAACUGACUUCAAAAAUAGCAUGACUACAUAACCAUUCUAUGAAUAUUUUAUUAAACUCAAAUUAUUGUUUAAUGAGCACCUUCAAUUUCGUCUAAACUUGGAAGAUAACUAGAAAUGUCAAGUGUGAUCCAUAGAUAUAUACACCGUUAAAAUGAAAUAAAAAUUGUAAUUGAAGUGGUUGUUAAAUUUAUUAAAAAUCAAAGAAAAUAUAUAUUAUAUUUGUUAAAUUAUAUCUGAUGUUUGUUUGUAAACACAAUACAUGUUUUAAAUCAUCUUUGUAUGAUGUAUAGAGAUAUAAAAUGUAGGUUCCAGUUUGAGAACUGUCAGUGAUAAAUUAUCCCAAACUAAAAUGCCAGAUAUUUGUGAUUUAACUAUAUAAUAUUUUACUCUGUAAAUAUCUGGUGUGACAGUGCUGUCUUUUGGUUGAAUCUGCUUAGAAUAUGUAGUGUACUGAAAGGAAAUGAAAUCAUUAAGGAGAUAACAUUAGUUGAACAUGUUUCUAAUUUUUGAUUAAUAUUUUUUUCUGAGCAUUGUUCUUGUGUGUGUAAGAUGUAGAAGGGUACUGGAACAAAACAGAAUUAGGAGGUAAAAUACACGUAGUUUUUAGUUUCCUUUUUGUUGCUUAAGUACCAGAGAUCAUAGAAAUCUGGCAAUUAUAACCAGGUAUCAAAAUAAUUUCCAACAUAAAUUAACUUUAUAAACAUGUUUAAAUUCAACAGUGAUAUAGGUGAGAUGUCUCAGAUGCACUGCAGUUUCAUUAAUGAAUGCCUUUGUUACAACUGAUACAAAAGAAACAAAUUUAAAAAUACUGCUUUGUGUAUAUGUUUUGCUGUUCAUAAUGUUUCUGCCACGGUUAUAUUUUCCUUCAAAUAUAAUGUGGCUACAGAUAAAAUUUCUUUCCAUUUUAAUUUGCUUUAAUACUACAUUUGCUCAGUGGCUAUGCUGCUACACAACCUCAUAAUUUUGACAGGUAAUAUGAUAAUUUAACCCUUUGCAGUCCCUUUUAAAUACCACUGUCUCUCUGCUGGUCUAUUGAAAUACCACUAAGCUGUAUAAAUUAAACUACUAUUAUGAACUGGUUUGAUUUUCUUUUAUAACUUGCAUAAAACGAAUAAACUUUGCUAAAUAUGGUGAAAAUAUGUUCUGAGAGGAUCACAGUUCGUCUUGCUUGAAUACUGACCGUGUGAUAUAUUUUUCACAGACUGUACUACUGUUGCUAGUGAGAUGUGUAAUAAGUGGUGCCUUUCUGCUUGCUGUUGUUCGGUAGAGAAUAAAGCAAGACCAAGUCCAUAGAUAUGACUUUGGCGACAUCUAAACAUCUCUUAUUGCAUGCAGAUAUACGAUGUAUAAGCAUUGGAUUUCAUAAUCUCAGAGCUAUGCGUCCUUUCGCGCUGAUUGUGUUCGAAAGAUCAAGACCAAGUUCAACACCAUAAAAGUGAAACAACGCGAAGUUUAACCUUUGAAGUCACUACACAUAAAGAAUGCUUGAUAAGAAGAUGAAUGAAUAUGCAUGUCAGUGGUGGAUUGCUCUAUGUGUCAAAAAUGAUAAAAAAUAUAAUUUCCUGCCAGGGAGAUGGGAUAUUUGUUUUAUAACUUUAUCAGAUAUAAAAUACUUCUAUUCUAAGCAAAUAUGACAGCUACACAUCCAUUGGAAUUCCUUCAUUAUAUGAUGUAUGGUAAAACACUUGGUGUGGAGUUCUGGCUACUUUGGACAUGUGUCAGAAUAAGACGACGUUUCUCUCUCUAGGAUACAACUAGUGCAAAGAAGAAGGCUUGAAUGAUAUGCUGACACUGUUUGCCAACCUCAGUUUGACUCCAUAUCACGUAAAAAAAUUUGUAAAAUACAUGGUGGACUCAGUCCAACAUAGGACCGCAAAGGGUUAAGUCUGCUAAAGGAAGUUGCAAAUUAAAGGGUUUAAAAUCUUUCCCUUUUAUCCUAAAUAAGAUCUUGGUUUUUCACUAAGUCUUAUACAUUAUUUCUUGGCUUCAGUGAAGAACUUGUGAUGUCAUAUAUGACUGGUAAGUAAUAUAAAUGUAAACAUGCCUUUUAUGCUGUAACUAAAGUAAAAGCUGCUGAAAUCCAA